UUCAUAUGCAAUGUUCGUUUAACUGCAAACGUUUGUUCGCUAGUUUACUAGCGAAAUAUUUACGUUUUUGAAGCAAGAACGACAGUUUCCUGGAGAGCUGAACUGUUGGUAUGGAAGAAAUCUGCUCAGAGAUACGACACGAUCGUCCAGUAUGAAGUCGAUAUCAGCUGUCAGCGCAGACUAGUGGAUAUCAGCUGGAAAGCUGAAAUAAAAUUACACACGACAGGUGUGUAAAGCUCUGAUGGUCUCAGGGAAGUAGCACCGAAAUCAGAGGUCUGAUUUAGGACUGCGGUUAAUCAAGAUUUCCUACAACAACAUGAAGUGUAAAGAAGAGGAGGGUUUGGAUGACCAGCAGGUCUAUAAGCAGGAGAGGAACUCCAGCGUGGACCAGGAGGACCCGAAGAUUAAAGAGGAAGAGGAGGAACUCUGCAUCAAUCAGGAGGAAGAGCAUCUUGUACAGAAGCAGGACGCUGAAGGCAUUAUUGUCUGGACUGGGGAAGAGCGACGCAAACUACUGGAUACCAUCUGGAAACCUGAAAUUAAGUUACACAGAAUAGACCUCCCACAACAAAAUGGCUGUAAGGAAGAGAAGGGUCUGGACGAUCAAGAAAGGAACCAGGAGGACCCAGCGCUUCCACAGAUUAAAGAGGAACCAGAGGAUCUUAGCAGCAGUCAGGAGGUAGAUCGGAUUGUACUAAAGCAGGAGGCUGAUGCCUUUAUAGUGACUGCUACCUCUGAGGAAAGUGAACCAGAACCAAAUGGUGACCAACUCCUUUCUCAUAACUCUCCUGAUUCAGAGAGACGAGAUCAGGAAGAAGGCGAGGAUGUGGACUCAGGAUCAGCAAGAAAUGCAGAGCUGAAGAAAAGGAACCAUCACAGAAAUGGAAGUCACAGUACCAUAGUAGACAUCUCUUCAGUGUCAGAUAGUCACUGUAAAGCUAACACAAGUAAAAAGUCUGUAAAAUGUGGAACUUGUGGAAAAACCUUCCCGUUUAAAUCCAGACUGACUAAACAUCUGAGCGCGCACACAGGGGAGAAGCCUUAUUUGUGUAGCACCUGUGGAAAAGGAUUCAGUUACAAAUCACAUUUGCAAUGUCACCAAAGAAUUCACACAGGUGAGAAGCCUUAUUCUUGUAGAACCUGUGGAAAAAGUUUCAUUCAGAUGCACCAACUGAAAACUCACAUGAGGAUCCACACAGGUGAGAAGCCUUAUUCUUGUAGCACAUGUGGAAAAAACUUUAGUGUCUUGUCAGCCUUCAAAACCCACAUUAGAAUUCACACAGGUGAGAAGCCAUAUUCUUGCAUUACCUGUGGGAAAAGCUUCAGUCAUACGACAUCCUUUAAAACUCACAUGAAAAUUCACACAGGUGAGAAGCCACAUUCUUGCAUUACCUGUGGAAAAAGUUUCAGUCAUAUGAUGAACUUGAAAACCCACAUGAGAAUUCAUACAGGUGAGAAGCCACAUUCUUGCAUUACCUGUGGAAAAAGUUUCAGUCAUAUGAUGAACUUGAAAACCCACAUGAGAAUUCAUACAGGUGAGAAGCCACAUUCUUGUAGCACCUGUGGGAAAAGAUUUAGCGAUUCAUCAGGAUUCAAAAAACAUAAAAGGAUUCAUACAGGUGAGAAGCCCCACCCUUGUAACACCUGUGGAAAGAGAUUCAGUGACAUGACGAAUUUGAAAACUCACAUGAGAAUUCACACGUCUGAGAAGCCAUAUUCCUGUAGCAAUUGCGGGAAAGGUUUUGUUCAGAUGAUACAGUUGAAAAGGCACAUGAGAAUUCAUACUAGUUAAGUUUUAAAAUGUGGAAUGUACUUUAUUAUAGAAAAACAAGAAUGGAUAAAUAAUUUAUUGACACUUGUAUUCUAUAGCCAAGAUUACAUCACUCUAUCCAAAAGCUGACACAAGUGACACAAGUCAUUAUGGAUUUGAACAGUGUUGUCCAUUAUUUCCCAAUGUUUUAUGUUUGACACUGCUUACAUGAAAC